GCUAGAGUAAGGGGGUUUUUGUUUUUUCUGCAGGAAAAGGUCUGCGGUCUGCGGACCACUACUGUAGACAUCUGCAGGAGAAGUGGUGGACCGAAGGUCUGCGGUCUGCAAGAAGAAGACUGUUUGUUUUUUUAAUGUCUGUAGACUGCUAUAUAAAUUAAUGGUGGUAGUGUACGGUGGUGGUAGCCCAUCGUCUGCGCGCGUAUGCGCGGCGCAGACAAAAGACGCCAGAAGGUCUUCUGGCAGAAAAACAAACGCCCCCUAAAUGGCUUGGGGAGAUGGUUUGACAGUUCUCUUAACCAACACAAUCAAAUUCCACAAAAAGUGCAUCAAGCGAAGACAGCUCUUUCAGCUAAUCUCCUCCUUGGAUGGAUUGAUGGUCAUGAAGCAGCCCCGGCGCCAACUAUCUCCAAAAACGAUAAAACCGUCCCUAAUCCAGAGUAUACCUCCUGGACCAUCGUUGACACACAGAUCCGCGCCUGCCUCCUAGCGGUCAUCAGCCCCUCCGUUCACAAACAUGCUCGCGGCUUCACCACAUCUGCUGCCCUCUGGGAUGCUUUGGCCGCACGGUACAACUCCGUGUCCACCGCUCAUGUUUAUCAGCUUCGGGACAAACUCCACACUCUUCGUAAAGGUACCAAAACUAUGACACAAUACCUUGAUGAUGUGGCAACUAUUCUCUCGGAUCUCGAUGCCUUGAAAGAAGAGAUCCCUGAACGUGAUGUGGUGAAUGCUGUUAUUCGUGAGUCUGAAUGGUUAAGAGCUCUUAUCUGAAUUGAUCAGACAUUUGCCUCUGAAUAGUUAAACAAUAUACUAGCUCUUAAUGG